AUGCAGCAAGUCUCCAUCAACAGUAUUGGCGGACCACUCGCCGUUGCGUACACAAUCGCGACCCCAACUUCGCCUAGCGCCAAAGCGAUCAAUCCGUCUCUCCCAACCGUUCUACUUCUUCAUCCUCUUUACCUUGGGCAAAUAUGUCUCCAUUAUCAAUUCGCUGAUGCUCGCCUCCGCCAAUUUAACCUCGUCGCCGUGGACCUGCGCAACUUUGGGGAUUCGGUGGGGCCAGUCAAGCCGAGCUACGACGUCGGCGAGGCGGUCGACGAUGUAGUCAAGUUUAUGGAAGCCCUCGCUCUCCCAGCAGUUCAUAUCGUAGGCAUUAACUUGGGUGCUAUGGUCGCAAUAGAGCUCGCUGCUCUCUGGCCCCAACGCGUAGCAUCACUUACAGCUAUUUCUCCUCCGGCGAUGGAAGAGGUGGGCCUUAAUUCGCUUUCUCCUCCAACUCCUAAUUCCUCUCAGCCAGCAGAAGUUGCGGAGGGGCGACGCGAGAUUCUGGAAUAUUGGGCGGCGGCGUUCGGAAGCGAAUGUCAGGCCGAGCCAGUGGACGAAUCAGCGCUGCUCGAUGCUGUAACUGGGGCCCUUCAACUCGGCCUGAAUGGCGUCGAAGACCCUUUGAUCGCUCCUGUCAUCAACAUUGCUCUGGGUAUGGUCAAACGGCAUCAGACUGCGGCCAAUCUUGAUGCAUAUGAGCGCACCACAGUCAGUUUCUUCACUGAGCGUUCACCGCCUACCCUUCGCGGGAUCGCGUGUCCCGUGCUGCUCGUCCACUGCGGCCAAGACAUUGCAUACGACAGGGCUGGGACUGAGGCCUUGCGCGAGGCCAUGCUACAAGCUGGCGUAGAGAGCGUGCGCUUGGAAGAUGUUCCAGAGGCUCCUCAGUGGGGACACAUCACGCAUCCGAAGGAGGUCAACCAACUAAUAUACGAUCACGUUAUCGAGUGCGCCGCCGAGCAGAAUAUCCCGACGGCCCUCAAAUCAUCUCCCGUGUCGCCGUUCAGCGCCGCGCUAAACGCCGCUGGGUUCUUGAAGAGCCUGGGCGACGAAUCCGACUCGGAGGAUGAUGACUCAGACUAA